CUUUCUCACACUUUUCUUAAUACUGUUCCUUCCCCUCAGACAGCCCGCUGAGACGCGCAUUCGCCAAUAUGUUGGACGAGGUCGAGCCUGGCAACUCGUCCAGCGACGCGACAUUGAGACAGGAGAAGACGAACCUGUCCUACACGUACGAUGACAGGCGCGGAUGGCGACGCUGGCGAAUGCUCCAUCCAGGUAGAGGAAUGUACCACGACGUCAAACGCAGAUUGCCGUAUUACUGGAGCGACAUUGUCGAUGCCUUUACGUACCGGACCGUCGCUAGCACAAUUCGCAUGUACUUUGUUAACCUUCUUCCUGCCAUCGCCUACACUCUCGACAUGUAUCGUCGAACGGGACAAUUCUUUGGAAUUAACGAGGCCCUGUUCUCCUCGGCUAUGGCAGCCAUUGUCUUCAGCCUGCUCAGUGCCCAGCCACUCACUAUUGUUGGUGUGACGGGUCUUAUCGCAUUGUUUAACUUCACCAUCUAUGAUAUCAUUAGCAUAUAUGAUGUCUCCAUCUAUCCCCAGUUCAUGGCGUGGACAGGUAUUUGGGCGGCGAUUUUCCAUUGGCUUGUUGCCGUUUUCAAUACGUGUGACUACAUGCGUUAUGUGACAGAUUUCUCGAGCGAGUCAUUCGGCAUGUAUGUCGGAAUCAUUUACAUCAUUAAGGGAGUCGAGGAACUUGUCAACGAGUUCAACCAGGAGGGGCUUGCGGCAGGAUACCUGGCCUGCAUCAUCGCCAUCCUCUAUUUCGCAACCGUUUACACUCUGGAGAAACUGGGGUCGAGUACGGUAUGGAAGGCGGGAAUCCGCUUAAUACUGGCUGACUAUGCCUACGUGUUCGGCACUCUCUUCUGGGUCGGUUUCUCCCAUUUUCCUGGCACGCUCAAGUCGACGCACAUCGAGCGAGUUCCCGUCACCAAGGCCUUCCAUCCUACACAGCCGAGAAAUUGGCUCAUUGACUUUUGGAACUUGGACGUCAAAUGGGUGUUUGUCGCUAUGCCCUUUGGUUUCUUAACCAUGCUGCUGUUUUACUAUGACCACAACGUCAGCAGCAUUACCGCCCAGGCUCGACAGUAUCCCUUAAAGAAGCCCGGUGGAUUCCACUGGGACUUCUUCCUCCUCGGCUGCACCACGUUUGUCGCGGGUAUUCUCGGGUUGCCCAUGCCCAACGGCCUCGUGCCACAGGCACCUGUUCACACAGACUCUUUGACGAUCUAUGAGACGGAUUUGAAGAUCAUCCCGACUUCCGAAGGAGAGGGUACUGAGAUACGUCGCCCCGUCGUACGAGCCACCGCUGUGGUUGAGCAGCGCGUCUCGCACUUCUUGAUGGGCUUGGGAUUGAUUGGAACUAUGACCGGCCCUCUUCUAGUGGUCUUGCACGUCAUGCCAGCGGCGGUAUUCGCCGGUGUGUUUUUCAUUGUUGGGUGGGGUUCAAUCGAGUCCAAUGGCAUCCUUCAGAAGUUCAUCUACCUCCAGUCGGAGAAACGCUUCAUCCAGCGCGACGAGCCGAUGCUGCGUGUUCGACGGCGUAAGAUCCUCCUCUACAUUGGACUGCAACUGAUUGGCGUUGCGGCAUGCGUGGCCGUCUCGCAUACACUCGCAGCCAUCGGCUUCCCUGUUCUGAUUAUCCUCUUAAUUCCUCUCCGCAUUCUCCUUGUACCCCGGUGGUUUACGCUUCAGGAGCUUCAGAUUUUAGACGAUUUCACAGCGACCAAUAAGAUGGUUCUGGCUAGUCUUGGUGGUAAGCCCGCGCUACCGGAGCAUUCCAAGGAAGGGGAUUGGGGUCUUGAGAGGCGACGGAGCGAGGCUCGCUACGGUGUUCCUCGCCAGCGGGCUGGAAGCUUACAUCGAUGAAAGCUUGCCCUAAAGGAAAGAAUUCAAUUCACCAGGACUUUUGUUGUUGCGGCAGUGUUCAGAAUAAAAUUCUACUCAAUGAUGGAUAUGAUCGUGCGAAGAAAUGAUGCUGAAAGCUUUUGUGUUGGAGAUUCAAAUACAAUGCG